AUGCGAAGCCCAUUUAAAGCGCCACAGACAAGUAGAAAAUGGGAGCAACGAAUUCGAGUCUUGACAUUGCUCGUGCUGCUUGGAUUACUCAUCUAUUUAUAUUACUUGAACAUUCACAAAUUUACUACAGCAAAUAAACGUCCUUUUAUCGAAUCGAGUGAGCGAAUACAGAACGCAUUUCAUGUUCCUGGCGUUGUCGUUUGCGGUCCAAAUAUUAAUGUUAGACCAAAAUGUGCGUAUGGGUUAUGGGGUGAUGAGACAAAGCAAGAAUGUGAUGUGAGGUGGUGGAAGAAGGCUCCAUUGACUUUGUUUCAGAAUGUUUAUCCUGAUGUCAUCGGUGAAGAAUGGUAUUCGAAUGCAAAAGAUUGUUUUGUUUUCGUUUCUCCAGAAUCUUUACAAUUUCGACCAAAUAAACUGGAAGAAUUGACCGUUCAAAUAUAUUCGAAUGAAACGACCACAAAAGCUUCACGCUUGAAUCGAUGGGUUUAUUUUGGCAUUUACUGGCCAUGGAUUAACGAGGACGCGCGAUUAGCACGUGUAGAUUACCUUAAUUUGCCCACGAGAAUGUCUAUUACUUUAUCAAGAAGAGAGUUUUUUCAAAGGAAUGGUAUGAUUCAGAUAAUCUAUGAUGCGACGACCAUAAAAAGAAAUGUACAUAGCUUCAAAAACGAAACAAAUAAAUGGGGCGAGAUCUAUUUGAGACCAGCAUUUCACGCAAAUAAAGAUGGAUACGUAAUAUCAGUCUAUCGCGAGAAACCAAGUUUUGAUUUCCUAGACCUUUUACCUGCCCUAAGCAGUUCUUUUGCAGUGGUUCUUGCAAUCUAUCAAUUAUUUUUUGGCAAAAAUCGGCUUGAUCCUUAUGGCAUAAUGCAAAAAUACGUAUUUCAUACCGCAGAAGCUGGGCACCCGUUGCACUUAGGAAGUGAAGAAGACGGAAUAAUGCUUGGCCGACUAAAUGAAUCGACACAGAAUAUUACACCGCUUAGAACUAUAACGUCAAAUGACCGAACAGGAUUUCGCAGAAUACGCGAUGAUGAAGUACAUAGCAGAAAAAAUUCGACAAAUCCGAAUUUAAAUUUACAAUCGUCAUCCAGCGACAAUGAUGCACGAAAACCAAAUAAUAAUCCCUUUGUAACCGUAUUUGAUGAAAAUGAAGGAAUUGUUGACGAAGAAAGCUCUCCUACGCCACAUCCUGAUGUACUGCAUACAGAUGUUUCGGAACGUAUCGUUGAUUCACAGAUAGAAAUUGCGUCGAUAAGACGAGAGAUGCAUAGUUGGGAACGAUUGUUGGGUCGACUCACCCAAAACGAACAAAUACAAAUACUUACUCUAUUCAAUAAUGAACCUUCUGAAUCUAGUGGCGAUGAAUUUCCGGACCAACAAAUAGUAAUUCCGCUUCACCAAGCUAAAAUAAUGAGCAAAGAAUUAAGCUCGGGAGAAGAAAUCGAGCUGCCGGAAAACUUUGACCAAGACAAUGAUCGUGUAUCGGACCUUUCCAAUUCUAAUCUAGAAGAUCUUUUGGAUCCAGAAGAAAUAGCCGACACAAUUGCAGUGCUGGCCACAGUUCAGGAAUUAACCAAUGCGUUGACUACGCAAAAUGUGAGAGCUAUUGAAAAAAUGAUCAUAUCUAUUCAGAAGUUCCGGGGUGUCAACCAAGAUCCGGUAGCCUGGCCGAAGGAUUUCGAAGUAGCCGCUACUACUAAUAGGCUUACCAAAGAAAGGAAAAUACAAGUCAUGCGUGGAUAUUUGGUUUGA